CGCUCCUCCAUCACCUAUUUACCCCCAUUGACACGUCAUGGCGUCCGCACUCUUCUUCCUCGACCUAAAGGGCAAGACCCUUCUGGCCCGCAACUAUCGCGGGGACAUUCCCAUGUCCGCAGUCGAAAAAUUCCCUAUCCUCCUCAGUGAUGCCGAAGAAGAAUCUUCCGCAGUGCCUCCCUGCUUCUCUCACGAGGGCAUUAACUACCUUUAUAUCCGCCACAGCAACCUCUACAUCCUCGCAUUGACAAAAAGAAACACAAAUGCCACCGAAAUCCUAUUGUUUCUCCACAAGCUUGUGGAGGUCUUCACCGAAUACUUCAAGGUGCUGGAGGAGGAGAGUAUCCGGGAUAACUUUGUCGUCAUCUACGAAUUGCUGGAUGAGAUGAUGGACUUUGGAUACCCGCAGACAACAGAGAGCAAGAUUCUACAAGAAUACAUCACCCAAGAAUCACACAAACUGGAUGUCCAAGCACGGCCACCUAUUGCCGUUACAAAUGCCGUCUCAUGGCGUAGCGAGGGUAUUCGUUACCGCAAAAACGAAGUCUUCCUGGAUGUGGUCGAGUCUCUCAACCUCCUCGUGUCGGCGAACGGAAAUGUCCUGCGAUCUGAGAUCCUGGGCGCAGUCAAGAUGAAGUGCUACCUGAGUGGUAUGCCAGAACUCCGAUUGGGAUUGAACGACAAGGUCAUGUUCGAGACCACAGGCCGUGCCACGCGAGGCAAGUCGGUCGAGAUGGAAGAUGUCAAGUUCCACCAGUGUGUCCGACUCUCGCGCUUCGAGAAUGACAGAACAAUCAGCUUCAUUCCGCCAGAUGGUGAAUUCGAGCUCAUGAGCUACCGAUUGAACACACAAGUGAAGCCCCUGAUCUGGGUGGAGUGCGUGGUUGAAUCACACUCAGGAUCCCGUAUCGAAUAUAUGCUCAAGGCCAAGGCGCAAUUCAAACGCCGCAGCACAGCAAACAAUGUCGAAAUUCUCGUUCCCGUUCCCGAAGACGCAGACUCUCCCCGUUUCCGUACCAACAUCGGAACAGUGCACUACGCUCCCGAGAAGUCAGCCAUCAUCUGGAAGAUCAAGCAGUUCGGCGGUGGCAAGGAGUUCCUCAUGCGCGCCGAGCUGGGCUUGCCCUCAGUUAAGGGCGACGACGAGCAAGGCGGAGGUAUGACUGGUGGAUUUGGAGGAAGCAUGGGUGGAGCCGGCGGCAUGGGCAAAGCAAAGAGACCCAUUAACGUCAAGUUCGAGAUCCCCUAUUUCACAACCAGUGGUAUCCAAGUGCGGUAUCUGAAGAUCACCGAGCCGAAGCUGCAAUACCCCUCCCUCCCUUGGGUGCGAUACAUCACACAGUCAGGCGACAUCGCUAUGCGCAUGCCAGACGUCCAAUGA